AUGGAGGCGCGAGGGGAGCUGGGCCCGAGCCGCGAGUCGGCGAGCGGCGACCUGCUGCUGGCGCUGCUGGCGCGGAGGGAGGACUUGCGCCGAGAAACCCCGCUGUGUGCAGGCUGCGACCAGCACAUCCUGGACCGCUUCAUCCUCAAGGCUCUGGACCGCCACUGGCACAGCCAGUGCCUUAAGUGCAGCGACUGCCACACGCCGCUGGCCGAGCGCUGCUUCAGCCGCGGGGAGAGCGUGUACUGCAAGGACGACUUCUUCAAGCGUUUCGGGACCAAGUGCGCCGCGUGCCAGCUGGGCAUCCCGCCCACGCAGGUGGUGCGCCGCGCCCAGGACUUCGUGUACCACCUGCACUGCUUUGCCUGCGUCGUGUGCAAGCGGCAGCUGGCCACGGGCGACGAGUUCUACCUCAUGGAGGACAGCCGGCUGGUGUGCAAGGCAGACUACGAGACGGCCAAGCAGCGAGAGGCUGAGGCCACGGCCAAGCGGCCGCGCACGACCAUCACGGCCAAGCAGCUGGAGACGCUCAAGAGCGCCUACAACACGUCGCCCAAGCCCGCGCGCCACGUGCGUGAGCAGCUGUCCUCCGAGACCGGCCUGGACAUGCGUGUUGUGCAGGUGUGGUUCCAGAACCGCCGGGCCAAGGAGAAGAGACUCAAGAAGGAUGCCGGCCGGCAGCGCUGGGGCCAGUAUUUCCGCAGCAUGAAGCGCGCGCGCGGCAGCUCCAAGUCAGACAAGGACAGCGUCCAGGAGGAGGGCCAGGACAGCGACGCCGAGGUCUCCUUCACCGAAGAGCCCUCCAUGGCCGAGAUGGGCCCUACUAACGGCCUCUAUGGCAGCCUCGGGGAGCCCCCGCCAGCCUUGGGCCGGCCCUCGGGGGCCCCAGGCAGCUUCCCACUGGAGCACGGAGGCCUGGCCGGCCCGGAGCAGUACCGAGAGCUGCGCCCCGGCAGCCCCUACGGCGUGCCCCCGUCCCCGGCUGCCCUGCCGGGCCUCCCCGGGCCCCAGCCCCUCCUCUCCAGCUUGGUGUACCCUGAGGCUGGCCUGGGCCUUGCACCCACGGGGGCCCCGGGGGGGCCCCCGCCCAUGAGGGUGCUGACAGGGAACGGCCCCAGCUCCGACCUGUCCACGGGGAGCAGUGGGGGCUACCCCGACUUCCCCGCCAGCCCCGCCUCCUGGCUGGACGAGGUGGACCACGCCCAGUUCUGA